UUUUAUUUUUCAAAAAUUUGGCACAAACUUCUAUUUCACCAACUUUGGUACCACAAGUCCACAAGGAAGCUUCCCUAGUUCCCUUUAUAUAUAUAACACUAACCUUAUGUUACUUCAUCAAUCAAAAUACAUAAGUUAUUCAUCACUUGUUCAGUUUUUUGGGAGAGGAAGUGAGGAACUAAUACAUACAUACACACACAAUGAGUAGCUCAGCUAGAAAGACUUGGAUUGUGGCUGCUAGUAUUGGAGUUGUGGAGGCUUUGAAGGACCAAGGAGUGUGCAGGUGGAACUAUGCUCUUAGAAAUGUUCAACAACAUGUGAAGAGCCAUGUCAGAUCGUUUUCACAGCCAAAGCAGCAGUUUUCUUCUUCUUCUUCUUCUUCUUCUUCUUCUUCUUCUUCUUCUUCUUCUUCUGCUGCUGCUGCUGCUAUGGUCUCCACUACUACAGUACUCAAGAGGUCCCAGAAAGCUAAGCAAUCAGAGGAAUCAUUAAGAACAGUCAUGUACUUAUCUUGUUGGGGCCCUAACUAAAUGUUAGUAAUGAGAUCCGUUUGGGACAAUAAAGCAAUUUUUCAUCUUUGAUGCUACUAGCUAGGCCAUGAACAGAAGUUAUGGCUUAAUUAGAAUGAGAUUUCUGUCUCUGCUUGCUCUAUCAAGCUUUGUACAAAUUGAUUAUUAUUGUAUAGUCUAUGAAAUGAAAUGGUGUUACAUGAUUGCUACAAUGAAUUGCAGUUUCAUAU